CGUAACACUUACGAUCAUCAGCACCAGACUUCCUCAACAUGACCUCACUUCUAUCAACGGACGAGAUCGUGACGGCAAUAUCGUCAUUCUACGACUUCCUCAUCAGCUUUUAUCUUCCCGAGAGCUCCUUAAAGACCCCGCCACCAGGAGGGUGGCCCGACGUAUCCGACGGGUUCUUUAAUCCCCCAAAGUCGAAAGCGGUUAUGGAGUUGUUGCGGGCGCUCCCAUACAUAGACUCAAGACAACCCCACGGUGAACCCUUUCAGAUUUAUGGGGGAGCUGUAUGCGUCGACUACGCCGGCUACGAUUUCGAAGGUCCAGGCCCUUUCGAAGCAGAGGAUUGCCAUCUAGCCGAAUUUGCAGAGUCCAUGGGGCUGGACAUUUCGGAACACACCUUCGUUCUCGCUGCUGCCUCGGGGGAGAACGGCUGCUGGUGGAUCUUAGAUGUUCAAUUGGGAAUCAUACAGAUGGCCCAAUUCGAGGAUGGCGAAUUCGAUGAAAUGCCCAUUGCCGAGUUCUUUGAGAAGAUAAAGGAGAAAUUCAGAUUGCUUGAGGCGUACCCAACUGACGCUGAGACCGUGGAAAUGGCGAAGGGGAUUGAGGAGGUUGACAAUGAGGAGUACAGGAAAGUGUUUCACGCUUAUGGGUGGCCUGGGGAGGGCUACCAAAAAGCUGAGUGUAUGCGAGAGAUUAAAAAGACGUUCAAUAGUAUGAUGGGCUAUUCUGACGCCGAGGAAGAAGAUGGCGAGGGAAAAGACGAAGACGAAGAGUGAUGUACUUAGGAUUUGAUAGAAGGGAAUUCUUGGUAGCCCAAAUGAAUUAACGGUAGACUUUUCACCUCUAUCUUACUAUACGG